AUGACCCAGACCAUCCUCACCUCCUCCUACCCCACCCCCCCUCUCCCCCCACGCACCACCUCCCUCUUCCACUUUUUCCUCCCCCGGAACCUCGACCGCCCAUCCGACCACGCCUUUGUCGCAGCAGACACGGGCGUCUCUUACACCCGCCAACAAUUCCGUACGAACGCUCUCCGCCUAGGUGCUGGUAUCAAGAACCUCUCCUCCUCGCCCUCGCCUUCUUCUCCCAAGGGAAAGGGAAAGAAACGUCUCGCCCUCGUCUUCUCCCCCAACUCGAUCCACUACCCGCUCCUCUUCUUCGCACUCCAAUCUUCCCUGACCAUAGCGAGCCUGGCGAACGCUUCUUAUACCCCCAAAGAACUCUGCCAUCAGUUACGGGAUGGGAAACCUUCGAUCUUGUUCGUCCACCCGGCGCUCUGGCCGACGGCGAAAGAAGCCUUGAAGAUCCUCUCUGGUGAAUCCGCCGAGGCAGGUUGGGUCAGGGAGAUCAAGGUGUUCUAUACCGUACCCAAGAAAGAGGUACCCAAAGAGAGCGGCGGGAUCAAGUCGUUUGAGGAUCUCUAUGUGGACGAGUCCGAGGUCAAAGAUUGGGAUGGGGAUGCAUUGCCAGAAGAGAGCGGCGAUGACGAGACGGCCGUGCUUUGUUAUAGCAGCGGGACGACCGCCGCCCCCAAGGGCGUAGAGACGACCCACCGGAACCUCUCGCACGUAUCCGUCAAGGCUAUGACGCUGUUGAUGAAGCUCGAACCGGGGGUCGACAAGGUGAUCGGGGUCUUGCCCAUGUUCCAUAUCUACGGGAUGGUCAACCUUGUUUGCUUCCCCCUGGUUGUCAAGAUCCCCUGCGUCACACUGCCCAAGUUCGAACCCGUCCUCUUCCUUCAAACCGUCGAAAAGUACCGAAUCACCUGGGCCUUGAUUGUGCCCCCUAUCCUGGUCAUCCUCGCCAACCUGCCCAUGGUGGACGAUUACGACCUCUCCUCCCUACGAAGCUUGAUGAGCGGAGCCGCACCCCUCGGCGAGGGACUCACGAGGAAAGCCCUCGCCCGGCUCCGAAAGGGAGGCAAGAAGGGUCCAGGGAACCCGGACCUGAUGAUCGUCCAGGGUUACGGACUCACCGAGACCACGGCCCCGUGUAUGGCUACCAAGGUCGAACACGGCUUGACCAAGAUCGGAUCUGCCGGACAGCUCAUCCCCGGCACAGAAGCCAAACUGGUCGAUAUUGACGGGAACGCCAUCCCCAUCGACUUUGACAGGCCGUCCAAACGGAGUCAGGCGGGAGAGUUUUGUCUGAGGGGUACGACGGUCAUGAAGGGGUACUGGAACAACCCCGAGGCGACCAAGGGGACGUUUUUGGAAGGGGGUUGGUAUAGGACAGGGGAUAUCGCCGAGGUCGAUCAGGACGGGUCCUUCUUCAUCGUCGAUAGGCUAAAGGAGCUGAUCAAAUACAAGGGGUUCCAAGUUCCUCCCGCCGACCUAGAAGCACUCCUGCUCACUCACCCCAAGGUCGACGACGUCGGUGUGAUCGGGAUCAUGUCCGAGGAACAGGCCACCGAGUUGCCCCGAGCUUACGUAGUACCGCAGGGCGGACUGGCCAAGUGGCAAGAUGGGGCCGCUAGGAAGCGGUUGGAGGAGGAGAUCGUGAAAUGGGUCGCCGGGCAGGUGGCGAAUCAUAAGCGUCUGCGAGGAGGUGUCGUCUUCAUCGAGGCGAUCCCCAAGAGUCCCGCCGGCAAGAUCCUCAGACGACAGCUCCGAGAGCAAGCCAAGGUCGACGGACAGGACAAGUCGAACGCUUACAAUUCGACCGAACAAAAGCUUGCCAAGAUGUAGGCUCAUACCCUCAUCACGUCACGGGGUACUAUAGGAUAGGAGAAUAGGCGCUUCACGUUUCGCCAGUCUGAGUUCUUACAAGGUUGUACCAAACUAUGCAUUAGUAUCAAAAUGUUUCCAAGUCGC